UUUGAAUCUGCAAUGGUCGCCGGGUAGCAAAACAUUUCGGCGCCUUUCAUGGACUAUUCUUUUGUGUAUUCUAGUGAAAACACUUUGCGGCCUUUAUGAAUCAAAUGAAAAUUCAACAAGGGUUCUGUAUUUUUAAAAGAUAACACCUCAAAUAAUCUGUGUGACCUUCAGAAAUGAUCCUUUAGAGCCCAGUGUUUCAAAAUGUGAAGUGGCACGACGACAGUCACGUUGUAUUAGCUUAGCAGGCUGACACUAAGGUGGGCAGAGCAAAUCACAAAAUGCCCACAGAAAUCAAGGUGUGGUCAUUCCACAAGUCAGUUUCCAAGACAGCCAUGAAAGAUCUUCUGAGACAUUUUGGGGCAAGAACAGCCCAGCUUGUGAGACAUCACCACAGAAAUGAUGCAGUUUUGGCAAGCUUUGCAAAUGAAGCUGAUUGCAAAUAUGCUCUGGAAAAGCUUCAUCAACAUGAACUUCUUGGGGUGAGGCUGAAGGCUAUAUACUGGGACUCAGCACUUGCUUUCUCACAGCAGCCUCACAGAUGUAAGGAGAAUGAGAAGCAUGAUAAUGUUACCCAAGAAGAAAAGAUCCUCAAGAAAAUGAAAGAAUUUGAGGUCAACUUGUGUUCCAUUGCACCAGCUCUAGGAAUUCACCAUCCCAUCAUUCCUAAACUAAGGUAUCUGUACCCUCCUCCUUCCCCUUGUGUCAUAGGUAACAUUGCACAGACUCUCAUUGAGGUGCCAAAGUUUUACACUCAGGUCCUGCACUUGAUGAACAAAAUGAACCUUCCCACACCUUUCCAACCUGUUGAAGAUCUCUCUCCUCUCUACCAAAAUCUCUCAGAAGUGCUGUGGAAUAAAGGAAGUGAAGUGGUAGCCAAAAGCAUUACUGUGGAAGGUAAGAGUGAAGAAGGAAUGGACAGUAAUCGAGAAAAUAGUGACCACAAGUCAUCUGAAAGUGAAAGUGAGCUUGAGAGUGAAGGGGAGAUGGAAACUAGUUUCAAAGCCCCUCCUGUUCCCAUUAAGAGGAGACUUAAGCCUCCAAACACCAUCAGAAAAAGGCCAAAACUCUCCCUCCUGAAACAGGCUUCUGUCUCUCAUCCACGAACACCUGAGUUCAGUGUGAGAGACGUCUUUGAAGGGACUGAGGCUCAAGGAUCACGGAAGCUGGAGCUCAGGUUAAGAGACACUAUUCUUCCCCAAAAAGGAGGCUCUGUAAGUGCUGAAAGAACCAGGGAAAGUGGCACCUUUGGCAAAAUGAAGUCAUUGUCAACUGACACCAAGAAUUGCCCUUCUUCAGAGAGCAUGGUGGAGUGGGAGAGGGCAGCUGACAAGUAUAUUAAAAGGGAGGAAAUUCUCAACAACAGGGUUGCUAAAUCAGAGUGGCCAAUACUACCAGUCUUUAAGAACUAUACUCCUGGAGAACCUUCGGUCAAGCUGUAUAUCAAGAACCUUGCUAAAACAACAACUGAAGAGGAUCUGAAGUUCAUAUUUGGUCAUUAUGUUUUCUGGCAGAAUGAAGAUGAAGCUAAACAAUUUUCCAUUUCUUUAAUGAAAGAGGGACGCAUGAAGGGUCAAGCAUUUAUCACCUUUCCCAAAGUGAAACAAGCAUCUGAAGCUCUUGAGGAUGUCAAUGGCUACAUAUUGAAUGAUAAGCCAAUGGUUAUAGCUUUUGGGAAGGUUAAGAAAAAACAUGAAGACAGUUCGACAAAAGAAAAAUCAGAAAAUUGAAUACCAUCAUCUUCAUCACCAACAUCAUAUCCUCCUUUUUACACACUGGAAUGGAAAGGAGGAUGAUUCAUAUCAUUGCUCUUAAAGGUGAGGCCUGAAUGUAGUUUGCUAGUGCUGGAACCAGAAUAGUACUGAAUAUAAUGCGAUAAUUCAUUUGAACAAGUAGUCAGUAUAGGUGAAAGCUUUCAUUAAUAAAAAGAGUGUCAUACUGAUAUAGAAAUGCUUAAAAACAUGAUUUUUUUUUUGCAAAGUAUACAAAACUUAAUAUUAUUCUUUAAGUGUAAAAACAUAGAAUAAUUGUAUUUGUUCCCUUUUUAGUUAUCUUCCAUCUUAUACAUGAUUAUCAUGUAUAAGAUAUUUGUUUACUUAUUUAAUGCUUGGUUGAAAGAGAAUAGAAAAAGAUGUGAAAAAUAAUUCUUGUAACUUGCUACUGCAGGUCAUACCAAACUAAAGAAUGCAGAAAGGAUAACAUCAGUUGUUAUUACACUGUAAUUUUUAUGCCACAAAAGACUCAAGGCUUGUGGUGCAGUUAUCACUGUUCUCAUGACCUCUCCUGCUGGGCAGAAUUUCUUUCCUUAUCAUAUGAAGGUAGAUUAUCAAUCCUAUUUACUCUGGUAAUACAUGUUCCUAUUUUUAUUUUGGUUCCUGAAGUCAGUUAUUAUACAGCAUAAGCAGUUUCUGCACACACCAGUUGUCUCUGUGUAGGAUGGGAGACGAAGGCUGUCAGAAAAGUAAACAGUGAAUUUAACUCCAUGUCACAAUAAAAUGCAGUCAUUCUCAGCAACUUGAAUGGUCAUGUUUUAAGGUGAUUAGACUUAACUCUUAUUAUUUGUAGCAUUUUCUAUAACUUUUCCCCAUGUGCUAUGUAAGAUUUUGGUAGAGGAUUUGUUGUACAUCUACAUCACCUUUACAUAUUUGAUGCCCAUGCUUAAAAACUGCCAGGAAAUGACAGUUAUGUGGAGACAACACCCUCAGAAGAGGAUAAAUUGUGACCACAGCAGGAUCAUUAUAUAGUAUGUUCUGCUCAUGUGAUUUCUUGUACCUGAUGAAUAAACACAUAAAGAAUUACU